GGAAUAAUCACUGAUUCUCCGGAGCAAUUGUCAAUUUCCGAGAAAAAGAUAGUAAGCGUUUCUACUGAAAUGGAAAAUUUUAGCGUUACCUCCGAACAAAUAGACUUACAAACUGGGGAUGUUUCAGCAUCAGAUAUAUCCGAUGACACUUCAAAUUCUGAUGAUAUUCCCACAAAAGAAAUUUCGUCACUUAAUGAGAGUCAACCCGAUAAGGAGGAAGCUAUUACUCCCAACCCUAUAACCGGAAUAGAACAUAGAUCAAUCCAG